GCUUUACCUCCCAUUGCUAAGUGGCCUUAUCAGAGCGGGUUUACAUUCAACACUUGGUUCAGAAUGGAUCCUUUGAAUAAUAUCAAUGUAGACAAGGACAAACCAUAUCUCUACUGCUUUCGGACCAGCAAAGGCAUUGGCUAUUCUGCACAUUUUGUCGGGAAUUGUUUGAUUGUCACAUCGCUGAAGUCUAAAGGGAAAGGCUUCCAGCACUGUGUGAAGUUUGACUUCCAGCCCAGGAAGUGGUAUAUGAUCAGCAUAGUUCACAUCUACAGCCGCUGGCGGAACAGUGAAAUCCGAUGCUACGUAAACGGACAGCUCGUUUCUUAUGGCGACAUGGCGUGGCACGUCAACACAAAUGAUAGCUAUGAUAAGUGCUUCCUCGGGUCUUCAGAAACAGCCGAUGCAAACAGAGUGUUCUGUGGGCAGCUAGGAGCUGUCUACGUAUUCAGUGAAGCUCUCAAUCCGGCACAGAUUUUUGCAAUUCAUCAGCUUGGACCAGGCUAUAAGAGUACGUUUAAGUUCAAGUCGGAGAGUGAUAUCCACUUAGCAGAGCAUCACAAGCAGGUGUUGUACGACGGUAAAGUGGCAGGCUCCAUCGCCUUCACCUACAACGCCAAGGCCACCGACGCACAGCUCUGCCUGGAGUCCUCCCCUCGUGAAAACGCCUCUAUCUUUGUGCACUCACCGCACGCCCUUAUGCUUCAGGAUGUGAAAGCCACAGUUACACACUCCAUCCACAGUGCCAUCCACUCUGUUGGUGGUAUCCAGGUACUCUUUCCACUUUUUGCUCAGUUGGACUUUCAUCAGUCGAAGGACAGCCAGGUGGAAACCACAGUCUGUGCCACUCUCCUAGCCUUUUUGGUUGAGCUACUGAAGAGUUCUGUGGCCAUGCAGGAGCAGAUGCUGGGAGGAAAAGGCUUUUUAGUGAUUGGGUACCUGCUGGAGAAGUCUUCUCGUGCACACAUCAGCAGGGCUGUUUUAGAGCAGUUCCUCUCCUUUGCAAAGUAUCUCGACGGUCUGCCACAUGGAGCGCCGCUGCUGAAGCAGCUGUGCGAUCACAUCCUGUUUAAUGCAGCCAUUUGGAUCUACACCCCAGCCAAGGUUCAGCUUUCAUUAUACACAUAUCUUUCUGCUGAGUUCAUUGGCACAGCUACCAUCUACAACACAAUCCGUCGAGUUGGUACAGUCCUUCAGCUCAUGCAUAUGCUGAAAUACUACUACUGGGCCUCCAAUCCCGCAGACAGCAGUGGCAUCGCUCCAAAGGGAUUAGAUGGGCCGAGGCCAACCCAGAAAGAGGUAAUCUCUCUGCGGGCGUUCAUGCUUCUCUUCCUCAAACAACUCAUUCUGAAGGAUCGAGGUGUGAAGGAGGAUGAAUUGCAGAGCAUCCUCAACUAUUUGCUAACAAUGCAGGAGGAUGAAAACCUGCAUGACGUGUUGCAGUUGGUGGUAGCUCUCAUGUCUGAGCAUCCAGCUUCCAUGAUCCCUGCUUUUGACCAGAGAAAUGGAAUACGGGUAGUCUACAAGCUCUUGGCCUCUAAGAGUGAAAAUAUUCGUGUGCAAUCCCUCAAAGUACUUGGAUAUUUUCUGAAGCACUUGGGACACAAAAGGAAGGUGGAAAUCAUGCACACACACAGCCUUUUUACUCUUCUGGGCGAGAGGCUUAUGCUGCACACCAACACUGUGUCUGUUACAACUUACAACACCCUUUAUGAGAUUUUGACAGAGCAGGUGUGCACACAGGUAGUUCACAAACCUCAUCCUGAGCCUGACUCCACUGUCAAGAUUCAGAAUCCAAUGAUUCUCAAGGUCGUAGCAAAUUUACUGAAGAGCUCCGCCCCCGGCACAGAACUGAUGGAGGUCCGGCGGCUCUUCCUUUCAGAUAUGAUCAAACUCUUCAGCAGCAGUCGAGACAACAGACGGUGUCUGUUGCAGUGCUCUGUAUGGCAAGACUGGAUGUUUUCUCUCGGCUACAUUAACCCCAAAAACUCAGAAGAACAGAAAAUGACUGAGAUGAUGUACAACAUAUUCCGUAUUCUGCUUUACCAUGCCAUCAAGUAUGAAUGGGGAGGAUGGCGUGUGUGGGUGGACACUCUCUCUAUAGCCCACUCUAAGGUGACGUAUGAGGCGCACAAAGAAUAUUUAGCAAAGAUGUAUGAAGAGUACCAACGUCAGGAGGAGGAGAACAUAAAGAAAGGGAAGAAGGGUUUGGUCAGCACCAUCUGUGGUCUCUCUGCUCAGACCUCAAACAUCAAAGAUGUGAUUGAGAUCGGAGAAAUUGAUGAUCAUUCCCAGACCCCCGACAGCGAGGCAGACUACGAGAGUGCUGAUUCGCGCAACCUGCUGACUGAAGGGAAGGGGCCUGAGGGAGACUUCGGGGGAUCUGAGAAUACAAUAGAUGGGGUCAGAGUUGCAGUUCAUGACCUUCUUGUGGACAUCAAAGCUGAAAAGGUGGAAGCUACAGAGGUGAAGAUGGAUGACACAGAGCUGUCUUCUGAGACAGUGGGAGUAUCUGAGAACGGGCCUCUGGUUGAGGUGGAGUCUCUGUUGGAUAAUGUUUACUGUGCCGCUGUGCGGAAGCUCGACAAUAAUGUCAGCAGUAUGUUGAUGCCAAAGGGCAGCAUGAAUGACCAGAAUGCUGCCCCUCUCAUUACACUGGAUGAUGAGAAGGACGACAUCCCUCAAAAUAACAAUUUCCUGUUUGGCAAGGUGACGGGCAGCAUUGAGGACAAUCUCCUACCGGAUCUCAGCCUAGCUGAGCCUCUGGUCCUGCCGAAUUCAGAGCUUCCCGAUCACACUGGAUCCAGGGAUGAAAUUGGCCUUCUGGCUCACAUGACAGGCAGCUCCUUACCCAGCAUCUUGACCUCCGACGGUGCAACAGAAUUUGAAGGGGAAUUGCUGGCUGAUAAGACGAAUGGUGGAGUAGAGACAAGGAGCAACGCCUCUGAGACUGCAAGGUCAGAUGAUGGCAAAGACAAGGAGAUGAAAAAGAUUCAGACAACAGCCACAACACAGGUUAGUCUUGUCCUGUAUUUAAGUCACACAAAAACAUUUAAUAUACAGAUUUGUUCAAAAAUGAUAGAAGCUGAACAUUACCAACCAUUGCAAAUAAUGUACUAAUAGGGGCAGAAUCCCACAUCCCCUUCUCCCACAAAAAACAGACCCAACAGUAAUGAUGCUGAUUCAUUCUAAUUCAAUACUUAAUUGAAAGGGGAUAUUUAAAAUGAUAGCUGUGUGGAGUUUGAGGUCAUUCAUGCUAUGAACAAAAACAAAUGUUUCCCAAAUCCAUAGUGAUGGUCUAUAUAGUUUUGAAAAUACGAGUAAAAUGGGUCAUUCAAGAUGUUAAAGAACAUUGUAAUUUGAUUAAAAUUGAUUGGUUAAUUGAUUGUUAUACUACGCUAACAAAGCCUGCAGUUGGAAGGCUUACUUUAAGGACUUUCCAGAAGUUAUGCAGCUU